CCUAAGCACGAAGGAAAUCUUUUAUAUUGCUUGCACUCAAUACAACAAUAGUAUUCAUUCCGCUAUCAAGAUGAAACCACGAGAAGCCUUUUAUGGACUAAAAGAUGAUCAGGAAAGACCCCUCGAUAUGGAAUUGAUGAUCCAAAAUCGCAAUAAAGUUUACGACGACAUCAUAUUAGCACACGAUAAGUCGAAAAAUAAAAACCUCAGCUACCACAACAAACACAGAGAAGGCGAACCAAAUUUCAAACCAGACGAGGUCGCCUACAAUAAAGUGCAAGGAAUAAAAAAGAAGACCAAACAAAAGUAUUUACCGAUCAUAGCCGUCGAGAACAAGGGCAGAAUACUUGUUGACGAUUCUGGUCGGGAAAUACAUAAAGAGAAUCUGAAACGAAUCUAAUGCUUUAUUAAUAUUUCAGAAGGACUAAAUGGAUCGGCUAGCACGGACACCCUUGAUAUUCCUUAUCCUCAUACUACUACCUUUAUCCAUCCACCCACAAACCAUCCAAAUCCACGAUAUCACAAACAACGCAGGAGCGUUGAUUCUUAAAAGGGGGGAGGGAAAGAUAGUUGCCGGCUAUGAUAGAUUACUUCAUGUCAUAGACUUCGAAAAAUUUGAAAUUUCUAUGUCCAUUAUAGAAAAUGUCAUUAACCAAAUGCAAAACUCGACGAGUGAUUUGUCUCAAAUUAUCAAAAUGAAAAUACGAGAAAUAAAAUUUAUCCUUAGCACUUUGUAUCCAAAAUCAAAUAGAAGCAAAAGGUCAAUUAACAUAUUAGGAAGCACCAUCAAAUUAAUCACUGGAAAUCUAGAUGCAGAAGACCUAAAAGUUAUAAAUAACAAUUUAGAUGAACUUAGAAAAACAGGAAACACUUUUAUAAAACAAAAUAACCGGCAAAUUAGAAUCAAUUCCAAAUUUGAAAAUAGACUAGACUUACUAAACAAAGAUAUCAGAAAUCAUCAGAACACUUUGAAUACAAUUAUGGAAAAUGACAAUUAUCUUAUAUUUGAAAAUCAAAAAAUAGCAAUAACAUUUCAAUUGGAUACUUUUCUCGAACAUUUAAAAUCAAUCGAAUAUGCUAUACUACUGUCAAAAGUGAAUAUUAUUAGUAAAUUUAUACUUACACCAAAAGAAAUAGAAGUUAUUUUGCAAGAGAUAAAAGAUCAGGGAUUAGAAAUUCAGCACCUAGACGACGCUAGCAACUUCUUGACGACCACCACACUCUUCAAAGGCUCAUCCAUCAUCAUAUGCGUUAACAUCCCACGUUUUCAACACACAACCUACGAGAAAGUCAUCAUUGAACCCUUACCGAUAUUCAACCAUUCAGUAAAAAUAACAUACAACAAAGUUUUCAUCAACGACAAGCAAAUUCUGGCCAUCAACUCUGAAUGCCGAGAAAACAACAAAAUUACAAUCUGUGAGAGAAGACAACUACUUGAAAUCAGCGACAGCCUUUGCGAAGUUCCACUUUUGAAUGGACGUCAUGGACAAUGUCCUUUGUCAGAAAAGCCACCAUCAGCAGAAACAAGAAUAAUUGCUCCAGGAACCCUAUUGAUUAUAACCGCUCACCAAGGCGUAAUCAUCAAUGGCACCUGCGGCAUAACACCUAGAACGUUGACCGGAAUCCAUUUCGUAACGUUCCACAACUGUUCAUUAUACAUCAAAAAUGAACUUUUCGAAAAUUACGAAUUAAAGUUCGAUCACCCAUCAGUUCUACCAGUACAAUUAACAAAUAUCAAAACCUUACAUGUAGAACGACACGUAAACCUUUCGGAGUUGCAUGAACUCAAUUUGAAAAAUAGACAACACUUGGAGACAGUGGACUUGACGUACCAGCUUGGCUUCGGAUCAUUCGGCACCGUCAUCAUUCUCAUGGUUAUACUCUUGGCCAUCGGCAUCAUCAAGAAUUGGCAGAAAGUAAAAUCAGCAGAUUGCUCGGGACGAGCAAUAUCUAAGGGGGGACGAGUUAAGGACGCGACCAGCCCGACACCAUCGAAUAUCGUGUCACCUGAACCAGGUGGGCCUGUACGCGCUAACACCCAGGUUGCGUGGUCAGCAAGAUCGAAUAUGGGAACACAUCAGUCAACAACAUCGGUGAUAGCCAAACCCAGGAAUGCAGAGCCAACAAUGGAUCCCACUGGCGUGGUAUCGUUGACAGGUGCAAGGUAGACACUUUUAGGGAAACGAUAGGGCGUUAGGCUUCUGAAGUAAUAAAAUAAAAUCAUUAUCGUUCAGACCGUGUAG